AUGGCACACCCAGCACCUGUCAAAGGCGCUCAGAUGCCCCAUCCACUCUCUGCGGAGUGCGGGUCUCCGUGCGCUUCGGUCCAGGGCUUCCAACAGGAUGCAGAUCCACCAGCCACGGCCAGCCCAAAGUGCAAGAAGAUGGCAACCUCCCCCGGCGAAAUGGAGGAGACUUGUGGCCUGGAUUCGUUCCUCUCCGAAACGACUGCGCAAGCUAGCCGUUUUCGGGAAAGUCCUGGCAUGGUCGAGACCGAGCAGUCCUUCCAUACCGAUGGGACCAGCAGAGUUGCCUUCAGCUCCUUCAGUCCGGAACCUUCCCCUCAGCCCAGGCUGCGCGCAGGCGGUCCUGGCAGCUACGCCUCAGUGGCCGCAGCUGAACUGGCGCGGCAGCACUUGGAGUGGGCUCAGGAGUUGGAACAGGUGGACCAAAGGCAAGCCGAUCUUAUGAUGACCCAGUGGAAGCUGAUUCGCAGCCAGACUGGCAUGCUCGCACAGCAGCUGAUCGAUGUGCGGAAGGUGCAAUUGCUGGUGGCAGAACUGUCCAAAGAUUGGCAUGUCCAGCUGUUGGCGUGGAAUUUGAGGCACAGGGGUGAAGGCCCGGCUGAAGAUUUGGAAGCACUGCUGGCGCGCAAAGGUAUCAGCAAAACCGAGGCCUUGACGCAUGCAGCUGGGGAUCCCCGCGCCUUGCUUCCAGGUGUGCCGGUAGUCACUUCGCAGAUAGCACCUCCCACUGGGCACGAGGAAGGCUUGGGGUGGUUGGAGAUCCUGAGAGCAGUUGAUCUUUUUUCGGCCGCAGCCAAGGCUUGCAGCUCUGUUGACAGCUGUCCGUUCCAGGAGCCUGACGUCAUUCUCCAUUUGCACGACGCUUGGUGGCUGGGACCACCACCAGCGAACGUCAGAGAUGCUGUGAGAGGCUCAAAGUUGCCGCCCAUGGUGUCGUGGCUUCCAAUACUCUUCGACCCUUUGCUGAGCGACGACCCGGCAAGGCCCGACCGAUCUGGAGCGGCGCUGGAGCUGUUCAGUGGUGUGGUGAGCAUGUCGCUGUGGGGCCGGGGGGUUUAUGAACGAGCUUUGGCAAGCGUGGCAGCUGUCCUCAAAGGGGCCGCUAGCGAAGCCGCGGUCUCAACGAGUCGGUGGCUGCCACCAUUGCUGGGCCACGUCCCACAUGCGCUGCAUCCAGCCUUUGCGGAGGGCCCCUUAGCAUUCGAAAGUGUGGCCCGUAGUGGGCUGCGCAAACAGUUGCGAUUGCCUGAAACAGCUUUUGUUGUUCUUCUGGUGGGGCGAAAUCCACCACCCCCAAGCUCAGAAGCUAACCGGAAAUCUCAUCGCACAGCCAUUCGAGCCUUUGCCCGCUUUCGGCAAGAAGUGGGCCAGCUGUGUGCUGGCACAUCAGGUGAUGGAUGUGUGGGUGCUCCUGUUGCUCAUUUACAUGUGCAUUCUGAUUUGCAUGGAGCCGUUGACAUCGAAUCUCUGCUGAAAGAUGUCGGUUUGUCGCUGGAGAACGGCGCCUCUGCGAGUCGUGAGCAGUUGUCCCCAGAACUGCUGCGGAACCUCUACAGUUCCAGUGACGUUCUUUUACAACUCAGCCGUGCUGAGGGCUUCGGCCUUCCAGUGAUCGAGGCCCAGGCCUGUGGAACACCAGUGAUCGUCAACGGGGCCACGGCCAUGGCGGAGAAUGUGUUGCUGGGGAAAGUUCUGCUACCAACAGCCAGGCAGUCGCCUAGUGGAGGUCGAAGUGACCGACCUGGCAGUUGGACACCUCCAGAUGGAACAGCAGCAGUGGAGGCUUUGUUGGAGAUUUGGAGGGCGCCCCCCACCGCAACUGAAAGGAACAGGGUCAGAAUGGCUCUUCAGAGUUUCUUUGCCCCUUCCCAUGUUGCAAAGCAAAUGGUUCAGGUCUUGCAGCCCCUGGUGCCCAAACGACAAGCUGCAGAAAACCGGGAGCCCCAACAGGCUGAAGUGCUGCAACGCAACAGUUUGAGCCAGGCAUUUUGUGCUUUGGAGUUUCAGGAAGCUGAGCAGUGCUGGGCCAAAACAAAACCUGUCGGACCUGUCGGACCUGUCGGACCUGUCGGACCUGUCCGCUGUCAGGACUUUGAGGCGUCACUUCGAAGCUGUUUUGCUAGGGAUUGGGACCAGCCAACCCUGGCGCCACGCUUGGAAGGUCAAGGCAUCCAUCGCCUGAUCCCAACCCGUUUUGGGCAGAUGCUGUACAAUGUCUACGACGUCUCAGUUGGACGUACGUUGGAAAUCUGUGGAGAAUGGCUGGGAGGGGAGAGAUCUAUCUACCAGCAACUUCAACUGGGUUCGGCUCCGGUGAGGGUCCUGGAGGCCGGUGCCAACAUCGGUGCCACCACCAUUCCUUUGGCCCUGCAUUUGCCGCCUGAGGGUCGCGUGCUGGCGCUGGAGGCGUCGCAGGUGAACCUGCGACUGCUGAAUGCCAAUGUGGCCUUGGCGCAGCUGUCGAAUGUGGACACCUUUCAGGGAGCCCUAGGCGAAAUGCCUGGAUCUAUCCAGCUGGAGGAGCCCAUAGAGAGGGUUUUCUACAACUCUCGACACCGAUCUGGGCCUGGUCAAGCUGGGGGAGCCUUAGGACGCAUGAAGACUGUGCAGGUGGUGACGGUGGACCAGUUGCUGAGUCACGUUGACAGAGUGGAUUUCAUCAGAUUCAGCUCAACAUCUUUCUGGAGCAUUCCCGCCGCACUGCGGGGCGCGGCCAGCUCGUUGCAGCGCUUCCGGCCGUGGCUUCUGUUGGAACUGGACGACGGUCACGAAGAAAUCCGGAGUGCCCUGCAAAACGGCCAUUAUGAGUGCACGCGCUGCGACAUACCAGUGGCUGAUGCCCAGGGCCCUUCCAGCCGCUGGGGUCUUUGCGACCGCCGAGCUCAACAGAUUCACAGGCUCCUGUUCUGCGGGCACCGCAGCCAUCCUUGGAACAUCUUGGAACCAGUAACCAGCUUCUGCAACUUGCAGCCCUUGGUGAAGUGCAGCGCUUCUUUGGACGGUGACAUCUUGGGCAUCGAGUUUGAAGUCGUCAUUGCGCAACAGAAGUCGUCCCAGCACUUCGAGAACCAACACCUGCAAAGCCGCGAGAUGCAAACUCGCCUGGGGACUAUGUUGCAGCAGAGUGUGGAAGAGACGCACAUGGGCAUGGCCAGGAUCCGCUCUGAGGUCCAGCGGAGAGCGUCGCAGGAGUCGGAGUUCCAGCAGCGGGUCCAAUCCUUGGAAAGCUGGACGACCACAACUUUCCCCAAGCUCGAGAGUGAGGUCUCCGAGCUGCGGAGCGCGGUGGAUGUGAGCAUGAAGCAGAUGACGCAACUCAAGGAUCAGCUCAUGCAACAAGUGGACGAGUGGAAGUCGGGUCAUGCCAUGGUGAUGGAACACAGCACCAAGCUUCACGACCGCAUGCGCAAAGGCUUAAGGGCGCUGAUGGCCGCGCACGAGACUCACAGGAGCGAAGUGGAGCAGAGUCAGAGAAUCCUGCGGGAAAACUUGGAGCAAAAGCUGGAGAACCAAUGGCAGGAGGUGUUGAGCCAGUUCGAGGACCGAUGCUUGUACAAGGAGGAUGGCGACUUGCGGAAUCGCAUUGAGGACUUAGAAGCCUCAAUAGAUCCCACCCUGGAGCGCCACACGCAAGGCCUCCAGCUGAAAUGCGAGGAGCUGGAGCAGCGGUGCAAGGAACUGGAAAGCGGCUCGAAAUGCAUGGGGGCUACCCUGAGCCAGGAGGUCAACUCGCGCAACGCAAUGGUGGAGGUCUUUGAGCAGAUGUUGAAGACAGAGACUUCCAAGAUCUCGAGCUCGGUCAGCGACCAGAUUGCCGUGGCACACCUGGACUGCAAAGAAACUCAAAAGACCAUCUUGGAUCACUUGAGCAAGGAGACGGCCGAACGCCAAGAGCAAGCCCGUGGAAUCAACGGCGACCUGGCGAGUCUGGGAAACAGCCUGGGAGACCGGCUGGGUCGGCUUGAAGGUGCCUGGCAUGGCGUACGUCAGGACUGGCGCGAAUCUCAAAGCAGCUUCCGCUCGAUGCAGGGGCAGCUGCGGUUGCUGGAAGAUGGGUUGGAAAGUGGCCUCCAGGGGCUUCGAUCCGAGAUGCACAGCUCUUUGCGGGAGGAGCGGCUGAAACGAGAAGUGAACGGGACGAGCAUGGCAGAGCAGAUGCAAGCUUGGGAGGAAUUUCACAAACACCUGCGUCAGUUCUAUAUGGCCCACACUGCUUUGCCUCCAGGUGACCGAUUGAGAGACUCCGAAAUGGACAUGGCGCGUUUGGCUGAGAUGCUGAGAUGCUCCCAUGAUGAGGGCGGAAGGAUGGGAGAUAUCGGAGAUAUUCCCGAAAUCCUCAGAGAUUCGGCAGGGGAGGUCUAA